AUGCGUGGUCUAGAGGCCUUGGUGCCUACCCUGCUAGGCCUUUUUUCUCAUGUAUCAACGGUCGUCUCUCAUGCCGUGCCACCACAUUCCAAAGCCUUUACCAACCCGGUGAUUUAUUCAGACUUUGCCGAUAAUGAUAUUUUUCUUGGUCCAGAUGGCCAGACUUUCUAUUUUAUGGCAUCAAACAUGCAGUAUUCGCCUGGAGCACCCAUUCUGAAAUCGCUAGAUCUUGUCAACUGGGAACUCAUCGCCCACGCGGUGCCGUUUCUGGAGUUCGGGCCCAAGUACAACAUGACCGAUGGUCAAACUGCUUACAACGCAGGUACCUGGGCAUCAUCUAUGCGGUAUCGCAAGAGCAAUGGGUUAUGGUAUUGGAUUGGCUGUAUCGACUUCGCCAAGACUUACGUAUACACUGCACCAGAAGUUACUGGGCCAUGGGAAUUAUCUGGGACUAUCGAUGAAUGCUACUACGAUUGUGGGCUCCUGAUUGAUACCGACGACACAAUGUUCGUGGCCUACGGAAAUACUAACGUCAGCAUUGCCCAACUCUCAGCGGAUGGACUGUCGCAGGUACAAACACAUCCGGUUUUCAAUGCACCCGCGCCAUUCAGUGCUAUUGAAGGCAAUCGACUGUAUAAGAAAGAUGGUUUCUACUAUGUUCUCGAUGAUUACCCAAGUGGUGCGACACUAAUCUGGAGGUCUGAAGACAUCUGGAGCGGCUGGACUUAUCGAAUCCUGCAGGACGGUUUAACCCCUCCGGUCUCUGGAGGCUCAGUUGAUUCUCAAGGAAGUCUUAUUGAGACACCUUCUGGGGACUGGUACUUUAUGUCUUUCACCUGGGCAUAUCCUGCAGGGCGUCUGCCUAUCCUUGCACCAAUCACCUGGACUUCCGAUGGCUGGCCAAACCUCACCACGGUGGACGGCGGCUGGGGGAGUCGCCAUGAACUUAGUCCUAAUUGGGAGUGGAACCACAAUCCCGAUCCCACUAAGUAUGAGGUGGGAAAUGGCUUAAGGCUCUGGACUACGACCGUUACUGACGAUCUCUUCACGGCUCGAAACACUCUCACCCACCGGCUAUACGGCCCUUUUCCCACUGCAACGAUUGAAAUUGACUUCCAACAUAUGGAAGAUGGCGAUCGCUGUGGGCUGGCUGCAUUUCGUGAUGAGACCUCCUGGAUUGGGAUCGUCCGCAAUGGCCAGAAAUAUGAUCUGGAAAUGGUUUCAGGCAUGACUCUUAAUGAAACGAACUUUCAACAAACUUCUAGCCUCGGGAAUAUCACCGACAAAAUCGAGAUUCGAAGGGGCCAAGUCUGGUUACGGGGCACAUUAGAUGCAAGGACAGAUGGUGACCUCCAAGGGUACUUUUCCUAUAGCCAGGAUGGCUAUCAUUUCCACCCGUUUGGAGGAAACUUUUCCAUGCGGUCCGAGUGGGAAUUUUUCCAGGGUGAACGAUGGGGGAUCUUCAACUAUGCCACAAAACAGCUUGGCGGUUCGAUCCAUGUCUCUUCAUUCACUCAAAGUGAGAGGUGA